AUGUCCGGAGCAUUGAAGCCCAAUGGCAAGGCUCCCGCUUUACCCACCUCUCCUGCUCCAAUCCCCACUCCGGCCUUUACUGAGCCCAGGGACCCUCUGACGGAAGCAUUAGCUGCUUCUGCCUCAACCACAGGCCCGACAGAAGCAAAAGAAGACAAGUCGCAAAAGCAAAAGAUCCGAGGGUCAAAGAUGGAGUACAAGACAGUGAAUGAAAUCUGGAACAAAAAGAAACAUGAUUAUGAGGUUGUGGAAGAUUUUGGAGCUUCCUCAGAUUCAAACGAUAAAUACGAUGAGUAUCUUUUCGUGAAUCGACGUAGACACGACCCAGAGACUAGGGAUUUUAAGACCUAUCUUGACUUCAAGUCACCCGAGCUGGUCAACGUGCUUCGGCAUGUGUUGUUGAAUGUGAAUGCUGUCAGCUUACGGGAAGACAAGCCAUCUGUGUCGCCAAACAUCCUCUUCCGGUUUCUACCAGAACUUGAGGAUUACUAUAAGGACCUUGAUCCGCAAUCAGUUGCAUGUGAACAUCUAUAUCUGCUUCUUGACUUUCUGAACAAACACUUUGCUCCAUUGAAAGAUCGAUUAAAUCCUCUCGUGGAUCAUCAAGAGAUCACUUUUGAGCUUCUCUGGGCCCUGUUCAAGCCAAAUGAGCUGAUCUUUAUGAUCGAUCCCUAUGCAGAGCAGCCACGGUGCUUUGUGUACGACUCUGGUGAGGUGAUAAAUACUCCCCGUGGGAUUUGCUUUGAAAUUGAAUGUCGGUCGUUGGAUUACGAUGGAAGAGCAUUUGGCGAGACGACGGCAGUACUGCAUAUCUCUAAGUUUCGAUCCGCGAGGAAGAUAUCUGAACUGGGUGUGUUUCCGCUACAAUACCACAACAGCAAAGACAAAAUCAAGUCUGAACUCGUUGGGCGAGGUCGCAAGUUUGUUAAUCUCAUGGGCGUCACUUACUGUGAAUAUAACGGCCUUGCGCAUAUCAAGACGAAGAAAAGUUCCAUUAAAUUUCAGGUGACGGGCCGUAUAAUGGUUGAUCCCUCAGCCUUCAAGGAAAAGAACCCCAACUACGGAAUUUCACGCGUCAAGGAAAAGUCGACGGUUAACGUUUUUCUGUUUUCUGAUAAUGCAUAUGAGAAAGAGAAGGACCAGAAGACGGUGAAACCUCGAAACUUCGAUACUGAGAACAUGACAGAUAGAGAGUAUAUUCUUUGCAGCCCGACAGUUCUAGGCUUCAGCCUCAACAAAAAGACAUGGGCGGAGUUCGCGGUUUCGGGUAUACAGCCCAUUAACGGGAAUAAGCUAUCGGCAUUCGAUCACUUAGAGAUUCCCGAAAUCAAGAAAAACAUGAUUCAGACGAUGGUGGAGAGCCACAAGCCUGGAUCAGAGCAGUCGUUCUUUGAUGACAUUAUUGUUGGGAAGGGGAGAGGCCUUGUAUUCCUGCUCUACGGGCCUCCUGGAGCUGGCAAAACAUUGACCGCAGAGAGUACUGCGGAUUUUCUGGGGCGACCACUCUACACGACCUGCGCUGGUGAUUUUGGAAUCCAAGCAGAAAAUCUAGAGGAACAUCUGUCUCGCGUCCUUGACCUUGUCCGUCGCUGGAACGCAAUAUUGCUUCUGGAUGAGGCUGAUGUCUUCUUGAGCGAUCGUAGCCUCAAUGGUCUGCAUCACAACGCCCUCGUCUCCAUAUUUCUCCGUUCACUUGAGUAUUUUGAAGGGAUUAUGUUUUUGACCACCAACCGUCACACCACACUUGAUCCAGCAAUGCAAAGCCGGAUCCACGUUGGUAUCAAAUAUGAACCACUAAGUAGGGAAGCGAAAACACGGGUGUGGAGAAAACAGUUAGAGAAUGCUGGCGCAAUGAUCUCAGAAAAGGAGCUAGAGUUAUUGUUGGGGAAAAGUUCAAAUGGGCGACAGAUCAAAAAUAUCGCUCGGGCUGCAUUUGCCUUGGCCAAAGGAGGAACGGUUGGUUUUGAGCAUAUCAAAGUAGCUUUGACCUGUGCCGACGAAUUUGAACGGGACUUCCUUGGCCCAGGAGCUGUUGACAAUAUGACAUCAUACACAUAA